AUGAGCCUUCCCACACCCACCGUCUUCAUGUUGCCGUUCGUGCUCAUUUUGUUGUCGUCCGUGUCCACACAUGCAUACCUGGGUACACCGUUAGUACAAGCCAGACCAUUGCUUGUAAGCCCACUGUUGGUUCAAGCCGCAGAUGACAUCACAGUGUCGCUCGGUGAAAUCCGUUCCAUGAGAGCAAAGGAAAUCAAGGCAGAACUGGACAGGAAUAAAAUCUCCACGGCUGGUAUGUUUGAGAAAGAAGACUUAGUCCAGCGCCUCUACGAAGCAAGAAAGCAGAAUCCGUACCAAACGUCCACUCCUCAAACAUCUGCAACCAAUGGUUGGGGGGAACAAUCGAAAGCCUCAACCACAAACGACAACCAAGGCACCAACGUUCUAGAAGCACCCCUUUACCUCACGUCGUUGGAUGCUGGAAGCAGAAUUGCUACUGUCAAUGGGGCAGAUUUUUCCGUGGACAGCAAGGAUUGCCCCUAUCCAUCCAUAAGAAUCCAAGUUACACCUGGUUGGCAAAGCCAGUUUGAACUCAAUCUGCUCUUGGAUACGGCUUGUUCCGGUCUAGUACUGAGGCCUUCUGUGGUUGAAAAGUACAAACUGCCAUCCCUCUCUACUCCUGUCACCAUGACUGGGGCGGGAGGUGUUGCUAGCCAAACUGGCCUGACACAGUUGGAAAGUUUCCGAUUGGGUUCGCAGACAUUUGGCCCACUACCAGCAGCCGUACAGGAUAUUGGAGCCUUACCACGCAGUCUGGAUGGCAUCAUUGGUCUUUCCUUUCUAACUCAAUUUGAAGGGAUGGAUAUGGACUUUCGAAAGGGGACAAUAUCUCUCUACCCAAAAGAAAAUCCGUUGCCCUCUCCGCCGUCGGAUUUGGUCGUCGUCGCCGAGGGAGACAUGUCGUUGCUACCCAGUUUGGGCAUCUAUUCCGUUGAUGUUACGCUCGGAGGACGAGGGCCUGUCAAAAUGUUGGUCGAUUCGGGCGCAUCGGACACUUUCUUGAGCUGGAGAGGAGUGUCAGACCUGGGCUUGUCUCGUGAUUCCAAGUUUCUCAACCCUCUUCGAGGAAUGGGAGCAAUGGGUAGUGACUCUGUGGCGAUGGAGCUUACUCACAGAAUCAACAUUAGCAGCAAGUUGAACCUCGGAAGGUCCCUGAAGGGAGGGCUUCCACUCAAUGAUUCCAGACGGCUCAGCAUUGAUAUUGGCAACAUUGCAAUUUUGGAAUCUCUGCGAGGCGAUGGUGUAGGUGGUAUCGUUGGAAUUGACACAUUCAUGAGAAGUGACUCGGUGAGAAUGACGUUCCAAAACAACCGACGGACUAUUUCCUUCCUCUUGAAUCGAGGCGAAGCAAAUGGAUCUUCUUGA